UCUCCUUCCACUUUUCUCUAUCACCACUCUCUUUGGAGUUCAAGACGAAAGCCAAGAAAAAGCCCCAGCCAGACGAAGUGGUCCCCGGACUGCUGCCCUAUGGUCUCAGCAACAAAGGAAAAAUUGGUCAAAGGUGGUGGCUCGGCGUGCGGGUUAGAAGCCAGGACUGCAAGAGCCGCUGAGAGAAGUGAGCCCCAGGGCCAACAGGCCGUGGGUAGUGGGGAGCCGGCUCCAGCCUGUCUGUGAAUCCCAUUCCAACAUCACUCCUGACCCACCGGGGAGGCCGCCUCCCGUGUCCGGUCCCUGCCGGGAGGUGGAGGCCAGACCCCCGGUGAGAGGCUCGGCGACCCAGACUCGGGCGACCAGCAGGUUCUGGCGGAAAGUUGGCAGCCGCCGCCCCUCUCCAGUCUCCCUCCUCGACACUCCACCCCCCUCCGGGCGCUACGGCGGAGGUGGGGGUUGGGGGAACUGGCCUGGUGUUCUGGAACAGCUGCAGCCGGCGCUGGGCCCGCCUGGAAUGCGGGAACAGGCUGCGCACCAGGACUUUUAUGGAAACUUGCUGCUGGAGGCGGCGGCGGCGGCCAGAGGGCUCCCAGCGGCCGGAGCGGCGGCGGCAACGGCCGGAGCGCCCAGACCCCUGCCCGCACCCAGGCGCAGGACGCGCACAGCCUCUCCGCGCGCGAGGAGGACACUCGCUGCUCGUCGGCUCCGGGCGGGUGCAAAAAUAUACAAAGCUCCAUAAUCACCCUGAGACCACAUAGAGCAAACAUGAAUGAUAUUUCCCAAAAGGCGGAGAUUAAAGAAAUGCUUGCUUCUGAUGAUGAGGAAGAGGCAUCUUCUAAAGUAGAAAAGGCUUAUGUCCCAAAGCUAACAGGAACUGUUAAAGGUAGAUUUGCUGAAAUGGAGAAACAAAGACAAGAAGAACAAAGAAAGAGGACAGAGGAGGAACGAAGACGCAGAAUUGAGCAGGAUAUGUUAGAGAAGAGGAAGAUACAACGUGAAUUAGCAAAAAGGGCUGAGCAGAUUGAGGACAUAAACAAUACGGGAACUGAAUCAGCAUCAGAGGAAGGAGAUGAUUCACUACUUGUAACAGUGGUACCUGUCAGAUCACACAAAACUUCUGGAAAGAUAAGAAAGAAUUUCGAGGAUCUAGAAAAAGAACGAGAAGAAAAAGAAAGGGUCAAGUAUGAAGAAGAUAAAAGAAUAAGAUAUGAAGAACAACGGCGAUCUCUCAAGGAAGCAAAGUGUCUUUCCUUGGUCAUGGAUGAUGAACUAGAAAGUGAGGCAAGAAAAGACUCCAUAUCUCCUGGAAAAUUGAAACUAACUUUUGAAGAAUUGGAAAGACAAAGACAAGAAAACCGAAGGAAGCAAGCUGAAGAGGAAGCACGACAACGUUUAGAAGAAGAGAAGCGUGCUUUUGAAGAAGCAAGGCGGCAAAUGGUAAAUGAAGAGGAGGAAAACCAAGACACAGAAAAAAUUUUAAAAGGGUACCGCCCUGGUAAACUCAAACUCAGCUUUGAAGAAAUAGAAAGACAAAGGAGAGAAGAUGAAAAAAAGAAAGCAGAAGAAGAAGCCAGAAAGAGAAUAGAGGAAGAAAAGAAGGCAUUUGCUGAAGCAAGGAGAAGCAUGGUAGUAGAUGAUGACUUCCCAGAGAUGUAUAAAACAAUUUCUCAAGAAUCUCUUACACCGGGAAAACUGGAAAUUAAUUUUGAAGAAUUAUUAAAACAAAAAAUGGAAGAAGAAAAACGACGAACGGAAGAAGAAAGGAAGCAUAAGCUAGAGAUGGAAAAACAGGAAUUUGAACAACUGAGACAAGAAAUGGGAGAGGAAGAGGAAGAACAUGAAACCUUUGAACUGAGUAGGGAAUAUGAAGAAUUAAUAAAAUUGAAAAGAAGUGGCUCUAUUCAAGCUAAAAAUUUAAAAAGCAAGUUUGAAAAAAUUGGACAACUGUCUGAAAAAGAAAUCCAGAAAAAGAUAGAAGAAGAACGAGCAAAAAGGAGAGCAAUUGACCUUGAAAUUAAAGAGCGAGAAGCAGAAAACUUUCAUGAGGAAGAAGAUGUUGAUGUCAAGCCUGCAAAAAAAAGUGAGGCUCCAUUUACUCAUAAAGUGAAUAUGAAAGCUAGAUUUGAACAAAUGGCUAAGGCAAGAGAAGAAGAGGAACAAAGAAGAAUUGAAGAACAAAAGUUACUACGCAUGCAGUUUGAACAAAAGGAAAUUGAUGCAGCACUACAAAAGAAAAGAGAAGAGGAGGAGGAAGAAGAAGGUGGUAGCAUGAUGAAUGGUUCCACUAUUGAAGAUGAGGAGCAAACGAGAUCAGGAGCUCCAUGGUUCAAGAGGCCUCUAAAAAACACAUCAGUUGUAGACAGUGAGCCAGUUAGAUUUACUGUUAAAGUAACAGGAGAACCCAAACCAGAAAUUACAUGGUGGUUUGAAGGAGAAAUACUGCAAGAUGGAGAAGACUAUCAAUAUAUUGAAAGAGGAGAAACUUACUGCCUUUAUUUACCAGAAACUUUCCCAGAAGAUGAAGGAGAAUAUAUGUGUAAAGCGGUCAACAACAAAGGCUCUGCAGCUAGUACCUGUAUUCUUACAAUUGAAAGUAAGAAUUAAUCAUUUUUAAUCUAGAACUUUUAUUGUAUUUAAAUUUUUUUUUCCUUUAAAAAAUCACUUUUCUUCUUCUCUUUUUUAGCUGACGACUACUAGCUCCCCUUCCCUCUCCCUGGAACUUUCUCUGCCCCCUCCCACCCCCCACCCCCAAAUUUCUUACUACAUCCAUCUUUUCUGUGGCGGGGCCAAAAAUGGAAACCAGAAGUGCCACUAUAUUGACUUUUUAUUCCUUUUCCUAACAGUCUUCAAAACACAAGCUCAUCUAAAGAAUACCUUCUUCCUAUCCAAAUCAUCACCAGAUUCGUCACCAUAUUGUGAAGUUAAUGUGUAUUUAAUGGGGUAGAGUGGAAAAGUUACUCAAUUAUUCUAAGCUUAUAGCAAUUACGUUUUAAAGAUCACAAAUAAAACAUUAUUUUGCAUGAAAAAAUGAUGUUUAUGAGCUAUUUAUACACCUAAAAUUAAUGGAGACUUCAUAAUUUGGAAACUACUGAGUUUUCCUUAACAGUCAUUUUUCUUAUAGUUUUAAAGUCUUUCUGAAGCACAGAGGGAAAAGGGGAACAUGGAGAACAACAAAAGUUAAGACUAAAUUUUAAGGAGAAAAUUUAAUGGAAACCACUGCCUAUAUAGAAUUCUGAGUGUUGAGACUAUUAACAUGUACUAUUCAAAGGUGUGUUAUAUUCAAGCUUCUAAAGCAAAUUUACGUUGUGACCUUGCCUGAACAAAUUAUAUUUUAGUAAAAAAACUUUGUAUCAGUAGUUCAUGCAGGAGAAAACACUUUCAACAUAAUUGAAGAUUUUGAGGUCUAAGAGGAGGGAAAAAGCACAAUCUUCAAUUUUAAAAUCUGGUCUAAAAUGAGUUUGUAAAUAAUUAAUUACCAUGUUCUAUUACCAAGUUGUUUUAUAUUUUAGUUUUCUGGAAAACAAUUUUAUUUUACAAUGUAAACCCAUAAUAAAAUAACUUGUGUAUUUAAAAUAAAGUCUUUUCAGUAUUUUAGAAAAGAAACAAAACACUCCCUUAUAAUAUUCAUCAAUGUACAUUUAUUAUUUUUUUAUUGAGGAAACCAUAAUCAAUACAAAAUUACAGCAAUCAUGUGCCCUUUUACAUACAUUGUCAUUAAAGCAAACUCUAAACCACAGUUUGUAAAGUAUUCAAUUUACCUCAAGUCCAAGCUGCAUCUCCCUAAGACACUGUUCCCAUCACAGUAGCCAUUUUAAGCCAAUCUUCUUUUUACACACGGGUAGUUUCUGUAGAGAACACUUUUCUCAGGACGAAAAUGCAUCGAGCAUGCAUAAGAAAAAAUAUAUAUAUAUAUGCGCAAAUACAUUUAUGAGUUUCUAUAGGGCUAUCACUGAAGAAAAUAAAACCUUGGGAUUUAUUUGCUUCUUUUUUAAAAGCACCAAUUUAAAUCCCUCAGAAGUUUAUACUGUGGCAAGAUAACUCAAGUGACUAAACAAAAAAUAAAGGUUAUUUUCAGAGUCAAAAUUAUCUUUAGGUACUGUUAAAAUACAUUUUAAAAUGAGGCAGAAUUUUCAGAAAAUAAAAAGACAUCCUCAUUGAUAAUUUCUACAUCCUUACUCUAGACAACAGAUGUUCACAGGUAGAACUGGUUCUCCUGGCAGAGCACUCAAACAAACGUAAUCACUUCUGCAUAUAUUCCUAUUUCCCGCUUAAGUUUACUCUGCUACUCCUACCCAAACCCACCCUUUUGAAUUAACUACCAAGGUAUUUGGCUAAGGAAAUAUUUUACAAUGUUUAUAAACAACUAGUAUUAAAUCACUAGUUUUAGUAUUAAAACCAUUUUUGUUAAUUAAAAAUAAAAGUAUACUUUUCAUUUCUAAAAGAAACAUCAAACCCAUUAGAAUUCUAAGUAUCACCACACUAAAAUAUCUUAAAACAAACACAUUGUCAAGUUUUUAAGUGCUAAAUAAAAUAAAUCAGUUCAAUUUCAAUCUAAACAUUGUUUCUACCACUCCUAACAUCCAUUGCAUUCAAGUCAACUGGCUCACCUUUUCUGCUUUCCAUUUAUUUCAAGGUUAAGAUUAGCGCCAUUUUAAAAAUGCAGUUAUCAGUGAAGGCUUAUGGUAAUGAGUUAAAAAAAACUCUUGAGAUAGAAACAAUGCCCCAAUAUCUAUUAGCAUUCAUCUAUUAUUUUAUAAAAAUGCAAACUACAGCUAACCAAAAGUUGAAAGGCUCCUUAAGGUUCAAAGAUCUCCUUUAUAUUAUCAGUCUUAACAUACCUAUCAUUGACUUAAAACAAUACACACACACACAUAAAUGUGGUGCAGUAACUACACAACUUACAAAAUUUAACAGUUCAUGGAACAUUUAAGAUCAAGCAAAUAGCACUUUAAAAUGAAAAAUGAUCAAAAGCAGGUACAUUACACCCUAUACCAAUGUAUGGGAAUACAUUUCAUAUUUCUCAAUUAUGAUUUGCCAAUUUUACCUUCUACAUUGAGCCCUUCUAUGGUCCAUGCUCAUCGGCUCACCAAUGGCAUACACUCAAAGGAUUCCUCUUUAUGGGUAACUAUCUCAGGACCUGAUUUUAUGAGCUAUGAUUUGGUGCUUGCAGCAUCUUCAGCACUGUGUGUGAAAAUGAAGGCAGUAUUUUUGAAUAUUUUUCUUUGUUGUAGAGAUAAGCAGGAGUUUUAAAAGGAUCAGCACAUUUUAGAAACUGAAUAAACAAAACUGAUAGGAUGCUGCUUUAAUACAUUCAUCUUAACUCAAAAUAUGUACCAGUUAAAAUCAUCUAUAAGAACACAAACAUUUUAAACUGGCAAAAAAAGUAAAAUGCAGCGUCAAUUAUUAAAGUAUUAUAAAUCAGAAAAAUAUUGGUUGCUAUACAGAUUAUGAAAGGUUAUUUGCUAUACAGUUAACAUUUCACUGAUGCACAUGCCUUAUCAAAACAUACUGCCAGUAUUCCUUAUAUUUUCCUUUUUCAGUGUAUGUUACGAAAACUGAAUUGUCUUAAAAAAAAAAACUUCGUUAAUAAAAUUCUGACCCAUAAUGUCCUUACUGAAUUGUUA